GUCGACAUGGACGAAUACGAUACCCUUUGACCCACACGUCCCCCGACCGCGCGUGCUCGCCGCCCGAUUGGCCGGCGGGUAUAAAAUGGUGGAGCGCAUCGCCUGAGCCGCACGCCGCCGCGCACCGUCUUUCCAACCAACCGAGCAGUAGUCAACUGAACGGCAGCCAACAAAGCGUCCCAGCCGGUCGCUGAGAGGCGGCGCCGCCGCGGGGACGGGCGUUCCGGGAAGAGCAGGAACGAUGCAGUCGCUGCAGGACAAGGCGUCGGAGUGGAGCGGCGUGGCGGCGGCCGACGCAUUCGCCAUCGACGAGGUCAACGUCUUCGAGGCGCUCGGCGGCACCCCGCAGCCCUUCGUCGACCUCUCCACCAACUUCUACACCAGGGUUUACGAGGACGAGGAGGAGUGGUUCCGGGAGAUAUUCUCGGGGUCCAAGAAGGAGGACGCGAUCCAGAACCAGUACGAGUUCUUGGUGCAGCGGAUGGGCGGCCCGCCGCUAUUCUCCCAGAGGAGAGGGCAUCCUGCCUUGAUAGGACGACAUCGGCCAUUCCCAGUUACCCACCGAGCUGCGGAGAGAUGGCUACACCACAUGCAGCAAGCUCUGGAGACCACCCAAAGCAUAAAUCCAGAUACAAAAACCAAAAUGAUGAAUUUUUUCAGGCACACUGCAUACUUCCUUGUCGCCGGUAAUGAGAUGACAAGGCAAACCCAAAGUGUACCUCCCUGCAAGCAUGCAACGAACAAACCAGCUGAGUAACUCUAGCUUAACCGGUUGAAUAACGAUUUCAGCUCCAGUGUUCCUAUACGAUUCCCGUAAUCCCAUGUGCAAUGGGAUCAAGAUUGUUUUGCAUUAUAGGAAACAACGUGCAUGAUGAGCAGAGAGCAUAUCAAAAUUGGUAAAUUGUGUACUUGAUCGUACUCCCUCUUCUCUAUUGUUUUGAGCUUGAGGGUACAAGUUAACUGCUCAUGCAUUAAGGGAGCACAGCUAUGGUGUAUUGGUGCCGAACUGCUCAUGCUAUUCUAUCCAGUGCUCUUAGUAGCAUUUUGUUUUACAAGGAAAAUGGGAGUUUUAUUCCAUGAUGAUAGGAUUAAAAUUAAGUGGCAGCAGGUCCUCAAUACACGGAGGUCCCCUAUGCAACCAUAGAGCAGUAGCUAAUUCUGUAUGACUAUAAUUUGCCAAUUUAUAUGCAACCAUACAGCAGUAGCUAAUUCUGUAUGA